AUAGUGAAGUCAUACUUUUUAUUUAUAUUAGACGUGCUCAAAGGAAUUACAUAGUGUUCAAAAAUAAAUGUUUUACAUGAACAAGUACUUAAUAAACGUGAUUUUUAUUACACUACUUUCGCUUUUUAAAGUGAGUUAUUCGAAUAAAUGCGCUGAUGGUUGGCUAGGUUACAACUCAUAUUGCUAUUUAUUCCACACUGUAACACCAAACUUACAAGGAAAAACUUGGAAAACUGCACUUUUUUUAUGUCAAAGUUAUGGAGGAAAUUUAUUAAGCAUAGCAGAUCAAGCGGAAAAUGCAUUUCUUAUAAAAAAUUUUAAGAACAAUAUAACUAAAUAUUGGAUUGGUCUGAAUGCGCUUCAAAACAAUCGAACGUUUACGUGGUCUGACAACACAACUUCACUGUUUUCUAACUGGAAACCGGAUGAACCCAAUAAUUUUCAAGAUAGUAACGAGGAGUGUGUAGAAACAACUAUUAAUGGAUGGAAUGAUAACAACUGCAAUAGAUUUUUUGGUUAUAUUUGUAAAGUAAAGAGAGAUAAAUUGCAACCGAAUACCAAUCUUGCAACAGACUAUAUCAACCAUAAAGAAGAGUUUGCAAUUACUCAUGAGUUCUUUGUUGGUAAUAUAAUCACACCAUUAGUUAAGGGGAAGGUUGUUGCUAUAAUACCAAAACUAGCUAAAGAAUUUUUAAUUUCAUUUGAUGUUUAUCCUAAUAACUUUGCUAAAAGUUUUCAGAGCGUUAUUCAUUUUAUUAUGGAUGGUCAAGAUAGUAAAACUGGUGUUCCUGGCAUCUGGCUUAAUGAAGAUGGUAAAGGAGGGCUCUACAUUUCAGCCUUAAUCAAUGGAAACCUCUACUCAUCCUUUAUCACAAAUCCUAUUCAGUUAGCUGCGUGGACAAACGUUGAAAUAUAUCAAACUUCAAAAGGAUCAUUUUAUCAAUUUACAAUUAAAAUUAAUGGAGAAAUUAUUGUUUAUGAUAUUGUUAAAGAAAUUGAAAAUUUAGAAAAUGUUAUUGUGUAUGCUUCUAAUCCAUGGUCAGUUCAAAAUGGUUCAAUAAAAAGUUUUUUUAUUGUCAAUGGUAAUGAUAGUAGAAUAGAGCAUAUUGUUCUCCAACCUAACACUUCAAGUAAAACAGAUAUAAAAAUGCAAUCCAUUGGCAAUCUUAAAUCAGACAAAUCAUUGGUUAUCAUUGCUACUGUUAUAUUUUUGGUCAUUGUUUUUUUUGUUGCUGUUUUUAUUGUUGUGUUCAGAAUUCUUAGGAAAAAAAAGAAAUCUGAACAACCAAAGACGAUAGAGUCCGAUAUGGAUUGUGAUACUCUACCAUUUGAUGAAUGGGAGGUUUUACCUGAAAAUAUAGUUUUAGAUAAACAAAUUGGUGAAGGGGCUUUUGGUACUGUAUUUAUUGCAAAAAUGAACUCAAAAGUUCUUACUAAAAGAAAAAGUGAUAAAUAUGAAUUUUUAUCUAAUACUAAAGAAGAAUCUUUUGUUAAUGUUGCUGUGAAACUGCUUAAAGAUUGCCCAGACCAAUCAGAGUUUAAUGAUUUUUAUGAAGAAAUAAACCUGAUGAAAGAAAUUGGAUAUCAUAAGAAUAUUAUUAAUAUGAUUGGAUGCUCAACAAAUAAGAAACCGUUAUGUUUAAUUGUUGAGUUAAUGGAAAAUGGAGACUUGUUAAGUUUUCUGAGAAAGAGACGCACUAAACUUUGCGCAUCAAAGGUUGAAGGAGAGACUGCCGGAAGCUUGAAAUAUACACAAAGCUAUCAACAAUUUCUCGAGACGACAACAAAUGAGAACUUAUCAUCAGGAGUUAUGUCAAAAGAAUUUCUUUCAGAUGAAAUUAUAACACCAGAAGAUUUACUAAGUAUUGCCUGGCAAGUGGCAUCAGGAAUGGAAUAUCUUUCAUGCAUCAAUCUCGUACACCGUGAUCUCGCUGCAAGAAAUGUUUUGGUUGGUUCAAAAAAAAUUGUCAAAAUUUCUGAUUUUGGUCUAACACGUAAGGUCAAUGAUAAUUUACAGUACAUGAGUAGCAAAAAUCGUCGUUUACCGAUCAAGUGGAUGGCCGUGGAAGCCAUAUUCGACCAAACGUUCACUACAUACAGUGAUGUGUGGGCGUAUGGUGUUGUUUUAUUUGAAAUUGUUACACUAGGUGGUACCCCCUAUCCAACAAUAAAUAAUCGUGAACUUCUAACUCUUUUAAAGUCUGGCUACAGAAUGGAUCAACCAGAAAACUGUUCUGAGUUAAUGUACAAUAUAAUGUUGCAAUGUUGGAAUGAAGAUCCAUUAAAACGACCUACUUUUACCGAGUUACGUGAACAUUUUGAUAAAAUUAUAUCUGAAGGUGAUUGUUAUUUUAACUUUGAAUUGAACGAAAAUAAUAUCUACUAUACAGCUGCGUCCUUUAACAGUUUCUCGUCUAAAACAGAAAAUGAAGAACUCGAAAAUGAAAUUUUCCAAAAACCUAUUCACGUUCAAUCAAUAAAAAAAAUUAAAGAACUAAACGAUAAACCGUUAAACAUAAGAUACACUUAUCCCGAUUCCUUGAAACCUGCGCUCCUAGGUUUUAGUAAUUAUGCCUUUAAUGAUGUAAUAUCAGAAAUUUAAUGAUGUAAUUCAUUAUUAUUUUAUUUAAAAAUUAUACAUGUACUUAAGAAUAA